UCGGCCUACUGCACAUUUCAUCGCUCCUUUUCUUCUCUCUCCUGGUUUCCUUUCUCUUCUUCCUCAUCGACGGCGGGGACAAUGUUGGUGUCGCCGACCUUGUCAGCCUUGUGGCUGGCCACGCUUGCUUGGGGUGCAGUUCAGGCGGAUGAGGAGAAUAUCAAGAGCAUUGGGCUGAGAACACAUACGCUUGUGCAGCCAUACCUUGAUUCGGACAUGCAAAGUCGGUGGUAUGACUUUGGAGGCGAUACGAUUGUCCGCACCGACCAGUACAUCCGCUUGACUUCUGACCACCCGUCACAGAAUGGGUGGCUCUUUUCCAGAGUGCCAUUGACCGCGACAAACUGGGAGGUUGAGGUGGAAUUCAAGAUUCACGGGAAGAACCAGCUGUAUGGCGAUGGCUUCGCCAUGUGGCUCACGAAGGAGCGUGGGAAAGUCGGUCCUGUGUUUGGCAGUGCCGAUCGGUUUGAAGGCCUGGGCAUCUUCUUCGACACGUACAAGAACAACCGCCCCGGUGUCGUCUUCCCCUACGUGAUGGCCAUGGUCGGCGACGGCAAGACAUCGUACGAUAAAGACACGGAUGGCAAGGACACCGAGUUCGCCGGCUGCUCAGCCAGGGGUAUUCGGCAUGCCAGCGUCCCCACCAAGUUCCGCCUGACCUACUUCCAGGACAAGUACCUUAAGCUGGAGCUGCAGUACAAGUCUGAGGGCGAGUGGACCCUAUGCUUCGAGACCAACGAGCCGCCAGCUCUUCCCCAGGUCGCCUACCUCGGCUUCAGCGCCGAAACGGGUGAACUGAGCGACAACCACGACAUCAUCUCCGUGAACGCCAAGAAUCUUUACACCGCCCAGCCGACCGGCCGGCCUACCCCCGGCAGUGGCAAAGGCAGAAAGGCGGCCUCUAAGGAAGGGGGCGGCGGCAGCUGGACUUGGUUCUUCAUGAAGAUAGUCUUUUUUUGCCUGGUCAUCGGCGGCUCAUACGUGGGGUAUACGGCUUGGCGAUCAAACAACAACAAGCGCCAUCGCUUCUGAUGAACUGGUGGUUUGAGGUAGAGUGCAGGAUGGGAAUUCGAUCAUCAAAAGCGGCCGAAAAGACUGGCAGGGCAAG